GAUAGGUCAGUUGAAAUAAAGCAAGAUGGAGAACAAACGUAUUGGAUUUUUAUUAAUUAUUGUAAUAAUAUUCGCGAUUACAGAAUGCAAAGUGUUUACAAGGUGCCAAUUGACAAGAGAACUUCUAAGGAAUAACUUCCCAAGAACUUUUAUAAGCAACUGGGUGUGCAUGAUUGAACAUGAAAGCGAUAGAAACACCGCAGCUAUUGUUACUAAAUCUUCAAGGAAGAAAUAUUAUGGACUCUUCCAAAUCGGAAGCGAAUUUUGCAAAGAAGGUCGCAAAGGUGGAAAGUGUGACAUUACUUGUGAAGCUCUCCUAGACGAAAACAUUAAAGAUGAUAGCUUGUGUGCACUUAAAGUUUUUGACCAGGAAGGUUUUAAAUAUUGGUCCAAAUGGGAGACAAGAUGCAAAGGACAGACUCUACCAGACGUUGAGAAGUGUCCAGAAUGGCAUAAUUCGUAAAAAGCGUUAAUCAAACUCAAAAUGUAAACUUUUUUAAUCAAUAAUAAAAAAUAAAAUAUUAUUACAAUACAUAGUUCUUUUACCUCAACAGGUUUUCACAUAAAUACGUAAUUUUAUUUAAUUUCAAAAAUUUGGAAUAAUUUUUUGGCAAGUAAUGAAAUUCAGCCUUUUGCAGGUCUACAAAAUAUACUAAUUCAUAGAAUAUGAAACACAAGACUUAAUAACAGACAUGACAAGACAGACCGACAAGGAUUUCUCACCCGGUGGACGUAAAUUAUGAUUGCUCACUAGCGCCCCUCUGUCAAUGUCAAGAAGGUCCCUUUUCGUACUGUAUAUGGCAUACCAUGUUUUUUUUAUUCCAUUUUCUAUGUCCAUGAAUUUUUUAACAUAUUUUCAGACAAAACUAACAACGAAAGCAGCGUCUCUCAUCGGACCAAAUAUCCUUGUUUGACUAUACAGUCCGAAAAGGAUGGUUUUUUUAUAAGAGA